AUGUCAUUCAAAUUAGGCUUAUAUGGGGAUACCAACAAUACCGUGGCUCGCCCUUUGUUGACCGACUCUGAUUACGGCUCGAACGUGAUCAUCGGAUUCCUCGACAGCGGUAUCAAGCCCGAGCACCCUAGUUUCAACGACGAGGGCCUCAAACCCCUCCCAGCCAACAGCAAAUGGAAAGGCGAGUGCAAUGUGGAAGGGUUUCGGUGCAACAACAAACUCGUUGGUGUUAGGUACAUUAUUGACGGAACAGUCGCCACUCACGGCACGCACACGGCAUCCACGGCUGCAGGAAGGGCGGUCAAGAACGUGUUUUAUUCCGAAAACGCAAGCGGCACGGCCGUCGGAGUUGCGCCCAAGGCACGGAUUGCAUCGUACAAAGUAUGCGAUGUUGACUGUGCCAGUUCGGACGUUCUCGCGGGUUUCGACAAGGCGGUGGCUGAUGGGGUCGACAUAAUCUCCAUCUCCCUCGGGUCGCCAUUCGGUAGUCAUUCGUAUGACAAAGACCCCAUCGCGAUCGGGGCAUUUGGUGCCAUGGAGAACGGCAUUUCGGUCAUUGCAUCCGCCGGGAACAACGGCCCUUCUGAAUACAGUUUGUCCAAUGUUGCCCCAUGGUUGACGAGUGUCGCUGCCGGCACAAUCGACCGUGUGUUCUCGGCUGAUCUUGUGCUCGAAAACGGGACGCGCAUGCACGGGGCUUCGCUUUAUAGUGGGCCCCCCAUGGAUCCCACGUCUUUUCUGCCCCUCGCAGACGGAGGAGAAUGUGGGUCGUUGGACGAGAGUUUUUCCGGGAAGAUUGUGGUCUGCUACACGGGUGAAGCUAGCAAUGAUGCCAAGCUAGUGGAGAUUGUAACACAAGCCGGAGUUGCUGGUGUGGUGGCAGCCAACAUAGCCCCGGGCGGCCAAGACCUAAUAGCCAAACAUUUUACGAUCCCUGGGCUCGUCAUAACCGAGUCCGACGGAAAAAAGAUCCAUGACCUUAUCACGGCGAAAACAAACACGGUCAUAAAAGCCACGAUGGAAUUCCGCGGUGUGGAACUCGGGAUCGAGCCAGCUCCAGCGGUAGCUUCUUUCUCCUCCAGAGGCCCUAAUCCUCUUUCACCAUAUGUUAUGAAGCCCGACGUGCUGGCGCCAGGUCUCAACAUCCUUGCGGCAUGGCCAGAGGGCGUCGAGUUCAAACUUCUAUCAGGCACAUCCAUGGCCUGCCCGCACGUGUCCGGGUUGUCUGCUCUCUUGAAGGGAGCCCACCCCGAGUGGUCCCCAGCCAUGAUCCGCUCCGCCAUCAUGACCACCGCUUACACCCAAGCCAACGAUCGCAAGCCGAUAAUCAACAAUAAUGAUGGGACAGAGUCCACGACCUCCGAUAUGGGUGCAGGUCACAUUGACCCUGGUAAAGCCCAUGAUCCAGGAUUAGUCUACGAUAUCACCCCGCAAGAUUAUGUGGAUUUCCUGUGCGUUACAAUUCAUGACAUCCGAAAUAUAACCCACCAUGACUACAAAUGCAAUGCCAUCAUGCCGUGGGAUCUGAAUUAUCCAGCCAUCUCUAUUGCUUCGCACUCAUUUAGUCAUACGAAUCGUGAUAUGAUCACGGUUAAAAGGACCGUGACAAAUGUCGGUGAAGAUGAUGCUACUUACACCGUGACGGUCACCAAUCCAAAAGGGGUGAAUCUGACAGUUAAUCCAAUGAGAAUGGAUUUUACAAGCAAGGGCGAAAAGCAAAGUUACAACGUGACUAUAACCGCAACAAAAUUGCCCACAGAUGUUGUUACUGUGGAGGGGAAGAUAGUUUGGUUGACGGCACUCGUCGCUACUGCCCGCUACUGGACGAAGGCCUAUGACGGUGCCGUUCGGCGGCGAUGCUCGAGGGUCGCCGGCUUGAAACAGCGACGGCAGGCUGCUCGUAGAACGACGAGGAGGUUGCUCGCUGCGGCUAAAAGGACUUUCCGGUGA